UUUUAGGUUCGGCGCCCGUAACGGGCCACCUUUUGACACGGGGAUAGAUAGCACGUCCAUCUCCUGAAACUUGGAUCACCAAAACGACGCACCCUGCUGAUGAUAUCUACACCGUCACCGUCCUCUACGAGUCUAUCCUGUCUCGUGUCUGCUUUAAGCCACUUCUGGCUGGAUUGUCAUUGUGAUACCCACGCGCAAGUUUGAUUCGACAUCUCGGAACGAGCCGCCAUGGCUGCACUUGCGUCGAAGCAGCAAUCUCUCAAGAUCUUCGAGAAACUGAAGUCGAAGCCGGCAAACAAGGUUUGCUUUGACUGCGGUGCAAAACAUCCUACCUGGACAUCGGUCCCAUUCGGCAUCUAUCUUUGUCUCGACUGCUCCUCGAACCACCGCAAUCUCGGUGUUCACAUCUCGUUUGUACGCUCCACGAAUCUCGACCAAUGGCAAUGGGAUCAGCUGCGUUUAAUGAAGGUCGGCGGCAAUGAGUCCGCGACCAAGUUCUUCCAGCAAAACGGUGGUACUGCCGCUUUGAACAGCAAGGACCCCAAGACCAAAUAUGGGUCGAAUGCGGCCACCAAAUAUAAAGAUGAACUGAAGCGGCGCGCAGCCAGGGACGCCAAAGAGUUCCCCGGCGAAGUUGUUAUCAACGACGGCCCCGAGGCCGAGGCGGGCACCACGCCCUCCGGAGCUGACGAAGACGAUUUCUUCUCAUCCUGGGAUAAGCCGGCGAUCAAGAAGCCCACCCCGCCCCUCUCGCGCACCAACACACCGCCCGUUAUCGGCCGAACUCCUUCGCCCCUGACUGGCAGCAACGGGGCGUCCAAGGACGGGCCCCGAUCCGCCUCGCCCCUUGCCAGGUCCGAUGCGACCGAAAGCAAGCCGACGGCCAGCCGCCUCACGACCUCCGCAGCUCUGCGCAAGACCACGACGGGAGGACCCCGCAAGGCCAACGUUCUCGGCGCCAAGAAGGUGACGCAAAAGCUUGGCGCGAAGAAGGUCACCGCCGACAUAAUCGACUUUGACGAAGCGGAGAGGAGGGCCAAGGAGGAAGCCGAGCGCAUCGAGAAGCUGGGCUACGACCCUGAAGCGGAGGUGGAGACCGAUAAGAAGAGCGCCAGCGUCGAGACCCCCAGCAUCGCUUCCCCGACGCCUGUGAGCCCCAAGGGCGGCUACGGUUCCUCGGCCCACACUCGGCAGAGAUCAAGCGCUGAAAUGGAGAGACUGGGCAUGGGUGUCGCCCGGUUAGGUUUCGGUCAGAUCGGAGGUGCCAAGGUGGCUGCUCAGAAGAAGGCCGCUGCUGGGGGCUUCGGCUCUGUGGGGCCCAUCAAGGCAGCCCACGAGGAUGACACCGAGAGGUACGCUCGCGAAAAGUUUGGCAACCAAAAGGGCAUCUCCUCGGACGAGUUCUUCGGCAAGGGAUCCUUCGACCCCUCCGUUCAGUCCGAGGCCAAGACGCGCCUGCAAGGCUUCGAGGGCGCCACGGCCAUCUCGUCCAACGCUUACUUCGGACGGCCCGAAGACGAACCCGCAGAUGAGUACGGUGACUUGGAGUCCGCGGCAAAGGACUUCAUCCGCAAGUUCGGCAUCACCGCCGGCGACGACUUGGAGAACCUCACCCAAAUGGCGGGUGAAGUCAGCGGUCGACUGCAGGGCGCCAUCCGAGCCUACCUGGGUAGCUGAAGUGGGUUUACAUUCCGGGGCAUGUGCAAUGUCGAGACGAAGUUUGAAUCUUUUUUUUUUUUUUUCUUUUCUUCUUUUCUUUUUCUUGUUCUUGUCCGAUUUCCGUAGAAAUUUGGGCGGAAGG